AUGACAUCCAACUUCAAAUCCAUCCCGGUCAUCGACCUAUCCCUCGCCAAGUCGCCCGUAACCCGGCCCAAACUUAUCCAAGAACUCCACCACGCCCUCACCUGCAUUGGGUUCCUGUAUAUCACGAAUCACGAUGUUCCACAGGACGUAAUCGCCGACCUGAAACAUGCCCUCCCUAAACUAUUUGCCCUCGAUCCAGCCGAAAAAGAAGAAGUGGCUUUACACAACUCCCCCCAUUUUCUGGGAUACAGCCAAGUAGGCUCAGAAACAACAGCCGGAGUAACAGAUAAACGCGAACAGUUCGAGUUUGCAACCGAGCUACCUGACUUAUGGCGCGUGGGUCUUCCUCUUUAUGAAAGGUUGAAAGGACCGAACCAGUGGCCGUCGCAAGACCCAUCUCUUCGAACGGUCAUCGAGAGAUAUAUUCGCGAAUUAACAAAUCUCAGCGAGCGAUUCUUACGCUUGGUCGCCGAAGCACUCUCCCUGGACGUUGAGACUCUAUUCUCAUUCCUCUCGGAACAGCACCGUCUCAAGCUAGUCCAUUAUCCCGCCUCAGAUCCUAGUUCAGAUCCCAACAUUCAAGGCGUGGGCCCCCACAAAGAUUCCUCUGGGUGGUGGACAUUUCUUCUCCAAGCAUCACCUCCAACUGUGAAGGGUUUACAGGCUCUUAACAAGACAGGUGAAUGGAUCGACAUCCCUGUCAUCGAAGAUACGUUCGUUGUGAAUAUUGGACAGGCUUUUGAGGUGGUUACCCAUGGUGUGUGUAAGGCGACAACUCAUCGUGUGUUAUCAGGUCCGUCGGAGAGGUAUAGUGUGCCCUUUUUCCAGGGUGUUCGGGGAAGUCUGACGAAGGAGGAGGCGGUUGAGACUCUAAGGAAUCAUUUUGCUAUACAAAAGAUGGCGCUGGAGGCGUCGGAGGGUGCGAGUGUUGACUCGGCCUUUUUGAGGGGCAGGUAUGAUACUUGGGUUGAAAUCAAGGAUUGA